GCCAACUAACCGAAAAGAAGAAGAAACAGAAGAAGUGGUAAACAGGAUUGUUAGAAAUAGCUCACGUCUACUGAGAGUUUCGAGAGGGAGAAUCAGAAGACGUUGUAUGUUUCUGUGUGGGAUUCACUCGGUUCUUAUCCUGGACCCUGCUCCUCGCGUCAAUUUUGGUCGGCUCACAUUUAGCCAAUCUUCGAACGGGAGAUUGCACUUCUCCAAGGAAAAGGCUAUCCUCCACUCCUCUGUCUGUGUAUGAUAACAUUCGCCUGGUCACAUCAGCCCCAUCAUACACAUGAGUGCUGUUUUCUCCUCAAGCUGGGCCAAGCGCCAUGCCUGACCGGGACAGUUCCUACCUAUCAGGUGGUGGUGGGAGUGCUGUUGGUCUGGGUGAAGAAGGAGGGCCUGGGUCUGGUCUGGUAGGGGGCUUGGCGGAGGGCAGAGGGGGUUCAGGAGGAAGCGUUGGAGGCAACUUAUCUGGCUCUGGCAGCAUGGGGGGAGGAGGGGCGCUUGGAAAUGGUAACAGUUGCGGGAACGGUGGAAGUGGAGGGCAAGGGGCAGGACUGGCGUUAGAUGGUGUCUGCAGGGACUUCAUACGCAAUGUGUGCAAGAGAGGGAAGCGCUGCCGCUUCAGACACCCAGACUUUAACGAGGUGCCAGACUUGGGAGUGCAAAAAAACGAAUUCAUCUUCUGUCAUGACCACCAGAAUAAGGAGUGUAUGCGCUCCAACUGCCGCUUUGUUCACGGAUCUAAAGAGGACGAAGACUAUUACAAGAAAACAGGAGAGCUACCCCUCAGACUCAGAGGGAAAGUUGCAGCACGACUGGGUCUGUCGCCAAUGGAUCUCCCCCACAGCCGUGGGGAGGUCCCUAUCUGCAGAGACUUCCUGAAAGGCGAGUGCCAGAGGGGCAAUAAAUGUAAAUUUCGCCAUGUCAAAAAGGACUUUGAAUAUGAGCCUGCCAGGGUUGGAGUGGGUGGUGUAGUAGGGCCCGGUGCCAGCGGAAUGGUGAACACAGGGGUAGGGAUAGGCGGUGGAGGAGGAGGUACUUGUGGAGGAAUGCAAGGACUCGUAGGAGGUGGAGGCGGAGUUGGCAGUAACAUGAUUGGGAUGGGCUGCCCCAGCCUGGGUGGAUGUAGAGAUCCAGUUAUCUCUGGAGUUGGUGGAAUGGGUGGAGGUGGGAUGAGUGGUUGUCUGUCUAUAAAUUCUGCAGGUCAGCGGCGGUAUGACAGGAGCUCGUGCUCUGUGUAUGACCCUCUGCUGGAGAGUGGACUGUUUGAUGCCGGUUCUCUGGAGGCUUCAAUGGACCACACUGCUCUCCAGCUGAAGAGGCGGCGGUUAGAGGGGCUGCGCUUUACAGAUGGGUUAGGAGGAGGCCACUACGAGCUGGGAGUUCAGGCCACCUUGCAACCCCGGCCCCUUGAGUUCAGGUUCUUGGAGGAGGAGAAUUCCUUGCUAAGGAAGAGGGUGGAAGAGUUGAAGAAGCAGGUUUCUAAUCUUAUUGCCACAAAUGAGGUUCUUCUGGAACAGAACGCCCAGUUCCGGGGCCAAGCCAAGGUGAUGACGCUGUCCUCCACUCCUGCACCCUCUGAGCAGAGUAUGGCGCCCCCUGUUGGCGCUGUAAGUUCCUACAAUCAUGGCAUCGCUCAGACACACACCACCCUGAGCAGCGCAGGACUGCAGCCUCGGCCUGUCACGCAGCAAGACCUUGUUGUUUCCACUGGAGCUCCUUCAGCUCCCCCAUCAAAUGCUGCCCCACCUACAGCCCCUCCACCCCACCUCAACCCUGAGAUCACCCCCCUCUCUGCUGCCCUUGCACAGACCAUCGCUCAAGGGAUGGCGCCACCUGUUUCUAUGGCACCGGUUGCUGUUUCUGUGGCACCAGUGGCAGUGUCCAUGACGCAGCCUUUGCCAGGCAUUACCAUGAGUCACGCCACCACCCCAAUGGUGUCGUACCCUAUUGCAAGUCAAAGCAUGAGGAUCACCACACUGCCUCACUAACUGAUAAGGUGCAAGACUGUAGUACCCACAAGUCAGACUGUAGCAUCCUCAACAGGGAUUUUUAACAUAGAUGCUUUUCUUUUACAUGAAAAAAACAUUGCCCAUGUUAAGGGUUAAACAAUACUUCUCCAGCAGAGGGCAGGAAAUACUUUUAUGCUCAGCCCCCCUUCCCCCUGCCUGUGGGCUUUUUGUGCUUUUCAGCCACCAUAUGAAAGGUAUCUGCUCUCACAUAGAUGCAAAUAAAGCCCCAACUGGCUCAUCUGUAAGGUCACCAGUGGUGUUUGUACCAUUUCUGAAAAACUGCUGUGCUCUCUUUAUGGCUACAUGAAGACUUUGAGCAGCUUGUGUUUAUAUGUUUGUGGAUUGCUUUGGUGUAAAUUAACUUUGGUACUUUGCACAUUUAAAAAAAAAAAAAAAAAAAAAAAGAAUAACAUCUCAAAUAUAAA